UCUUAAGCAGCUGAUGGUACAUCCCAGCAAAGGACCAUUUUGCAGCCAUUAGUAAGCAUGCAUGCUGUUUUGCUGUUGUUAUUUUUUAACACAUCUGGGGGAGAUGUCCAUGGAGACUUGAGGGGUGGGGGCGGAUGGAUUGCUGCAACUGUGUGAGUUUUGGAGGGGAUCCUGGUCUCUAGAUGGGGACCCUGGGGUGGCCAGCACCUUGAUGGUAGCUUGGGAGGCCCUGUGCAGAGAAUUGUACCAUUCCUGGACUUCAGUCCCACAGAACAGUGAGCUCAUAAAUGGAGAAUGUUUAGAUUUGGGAUAGUUUGUUAUACAGUAGUAGUCUCACCAACAGGACAAGCAAAUAUAUUAGGGUGUCCUCCAGCGCCCAGUAGACUUCACUUCCCCCUUAGCAUUCCUUUAGUAAUAUCAUCUCCUACAUUUCCCAGUAAAGAAGGACCUUUGCCAUUCCCCAGGGGCUCCUGAUAACAUGCCAGUUAAAUCUACGUUGGCUGUUCCCACUAUUUAGAAUGCUUGUCCCCAUGUCCACCCGGCUUGGUCUGCAACGUUCCUGAAGUCUUUGUGGAAAGGUCACCUUCUCAUCGGGGACUUCAGAGCCACCUUCACUGAUACCAAAUGACAUGUGUGCACCAUCUAAAGGGAUAUUUCUAUAUAUCCUCUUUCCGUGCUAUGUAUUUUUUCCACACAGCAUGAAACAAAGUUGCAAAAUGAUAUUUAAAUUAAUAACUGGAUGGUUACAGUUUCCCACCGACUCCAGCUGUUAUGAGGACAGGGGCUUUAUUUUAAUUCUACAUUCUAAAGUUCUUAAGUCUUAGAGUGGCUCUAAAAUUUCAAGUGAAUUCUACUUAGAAUUAUUUAGAAUCCAUUUGGAAUUCUAAAAUUAUUCUAAAGUCUUAGAAUUCUUGCAGUGAGGCAUGGCACACAGUAAUCAUUUAAUAAAUACUUGGUGAAUGAAUGAAGUAGACUAUUUCUUUGGGUUUGGGUUGGAAUUAAAUUAGAUAAUACACAUCCCAUGCCUGUAAGAGUUCUGGAAAGAUUGUGAAAUCUUGAUAAAUUAGACCUAAGUUUUAGUUUUGAAGCUUGACAGGCACUGCAUGUUCAAGACAGGAGCAAGAUGUUUAGAUGAAUGGUGCUCGCCCAUACCCGCCCGUGCUGGGUGAACUUGGACCGAGGUCCCUCUGUAACCUCCUAGGAGAGGCUCUGAGUUUUAGGAGUUGUCAAUAUAGUCUGGAUAUUAAUCCCUUACCAGAUGUAUGGUUUGCAAAUACAUUCUCCCAUCCUUUGGGGUGACUUUUUACUCUGUUGGCAGUACCCUUUGAUGCACAAAGGUGCUUGAUGUCAAUGAAGUCCAAUUGGUCUAUAUUUUCUUUUGUUCCCUCUGCCUUUGGCGUCAUGUCUAAUCACCACGUGAUUUCCAAAUCCUCUCUUGUGAAGAUUUUGGUUUAUGUUUUCUUCUAAGUGUUUUGAAGUUUUAGCUCUUACAUAGAAGCCUUUGAUCCAUUUUGAGUGGCCUUUCACCCGUGAUGUUAGGCGUUGCUAGACCUCUUUUACAAAGGAUGGAGGUAGAGCUUAGAGGGUAGUUGUACCUUCUCUGCAGCUAAUGCUCAGCAUCCAGACUGAGCACCUUCCCCUGCAGGCAAACAACCCUAGCAAAUCAGAUGAUUUAUAGUGGGAAUAGCAGGCCUUCUCACCUUGAAUGAGAAACACCACUGAUCCAGCUUAGAAAAUGCAUCUCACAUUUAAAAACUCUGUAAAAUUAAUAGUGCACUUUGAAUCACAUUAAAAACAAUCUAUUAUGUAAAAUUAUCUUGCUAUCAAAAACAUUUUAAGGGAAAUAAAGAUAUAUACUUUUCCUUUUAUUAAAAAAGUCUAUAUACAACAUCAAAUAUUCAAGAAUGUACACAUUUCUCAUAUGAGAAGGUCGUUAACCAUGCCAAGUAAAUUAAAAGAGUCAUUUUAAGUGCACUGGGAGGGCUGCCCAGCCAGAGACUUUUGGUCAGGAUAUAGUCCUUGGGACGCAGUAAUUGGGGGAACUUUUUCUUCAUGACCUACGCUGAAUGUUUUCAUACCUACCGUUGCUGCAGAGAAUCCGUAUCCUACAAAGGGAUCUGUCUUCCUGGCAUCCUCACAGGCACCACCAAAGUCUCUGGUCUGAUUCAGGCCCACAGCCCCAUCCCUAAAUGCUCCGCUGGACUCCCCUACCUGGUCCGCUCCUGUCUAGCUGCGUUCCUUCACCUUUCUCGUAAUUCCCCCUCAGCUCUCGUCUAUGCAGUCGGUAGGCAUGUCACCGAGGAUGGGAUUACGCACGCCUCCUGUUCCCUCUUUGUGGCUUCACUCCCCGUAGGUGUCCAGCAGAGGGUUGCAAAAGGAGCAUUUCCCCUUUCUGUUUGGCAGGGGCUGCCCUUACCCUGAGCCAGGGAUUCAAAGCCCCAGGCGGUGCCUCCUCCGUGAAGCCCUCACGUGCCUGCGGGAAGUGAGGCGCUGCCAUGGCCCCGGGGCUCGUUUUUCUGCUUGGAUUUGGGUUCUGUCUGGAGCAAGGGGUUCGGGCGCAGCUUGGGCAAUUUCCCCGGCCCUCCAUCUGGGCGUCACCAGGGACUCUGGUCCCCCAGGGCAGUCCUGUGACCAUCCACUGCAGGGGGCCGUCAGGAGUGUCUGUGUGGCGGCUCCUUAAAGCAGAACCUUAUCCCACCUGGGAGGACAUGAGCCCCCACGGAGCGCAGGGAACACUCAGUUUCUUCAUCCCGUCUGCGAGCCACUUCACUGCUGGGACUUACUCCUGUCGAUACUUGAAACGAGGGGUCUGGUCAGGACACAGUGGCCUCCUGGACCUGGUGGUGACAGGAGUGUACGAGGGCAGGCUGUCCCUGACUGCCCUUCCCGGCCCCAAUGUGACCGUGGGAGGGAAUGUGACCCUCCCGUGCCAAGCAUCUUAUUCCUACGCGUUCUUCAAUCUGUCUAAAGAUGAACGAAUUGACCUUCCCCAGGACUUCUUUCGCCAGGACCACAGGACCUUCCUCAUCUCCCCGGUGACCCUUGCCCACAGGGGUACCUACAGGUGCUUCGGUUCAUGGCAGCACUCUCCCCACAAGUGGUCAAAGCCCAGCAAUCCCGUUACGCUUCUGGUCACAGAAGAGAAGAGCGGCCAGACAGAUCCGCGGGCUUCUGGAAACGGACGCCUCCCCAUCGUGGCUGGGACCUCGGCUGCUGCUGGGCUCCUUCUCGUCUUCCUCCUCUUUCUCCUUUGCGGAUGUCGGGCGUCGGCCCAGACACACUGCAGCCCAGUCACGGACUUCCGGGGGGAGAGUCAGGCCGUCGUGGAGGUCAUCCAGCCUGAGGGCAGGGAGAGGGGCCUGCAGGCGAGUCUCCGCACGCCCCUCCCCUCCCGCCCCGUCCCCUCCCUGCACCGUCAGGCCCCCGCAGAGGAGGACCUGCAGGAGGUGACAUACGCUAAGCUACACCUGGAGACCCCCCUGGGGAGUGGGGACCCCCUGUCGCCCUGCGCCCCGGAGGCCUCUUCCGCGCAGCCCUGUGUGUACGCAGUCCUCAGCCUGUCCGAGGGCGGAGCCGGCGCCGGCUGUGUGGACUCGCGGAAGUGGGGUGUGUGGACUCCCAGUUUGGCCUCUCCUCUCUCCUCAGGGCUGUGCCUGGGGCACGUGACGCAGGAUCAGAGCGGCCUGCUGCCCAAGCCCUCCCUCCAGGCCCUGCCCAGCUCCCUGGUGCCCCUGGGGAAGCCGGUGACCCUCCGCUGCCAGGGGCCCCCGGGCGUGGACUUGUACCGCCUGGAGAAGCUGAGGUCAAAGUACCACGACCUGGCGGUCCUCUUCAUCCCAGCCAUGCGGGAGACUGAUGCCGGGUGUUACCGCUGCUCUUACCAGAAUGGGAGCAGCUGGUCCCCUGCCAGUGACCAGCUGGAGCUGGUCACCACCGGAGCUUAUGACAAGCCCUCGCUCUCCGCUUGGCCCAGCCCUGCGGUGUCCCUGGGAGGAGAUGUCACCCUGCACUGCCAGAGUCACUAUGGCUUUGACCAGUUUGCUCUGCACAAGGAGGGGGACACUGCGCCCUACAAGGGACCUGAGAGGUGGUACCGGGCCGAUUUCCCCAUCCUCACGGUGAUGGCUGCACACAGUGGGACCUACCGAUGUUAUGGCUUUUUCAGCAGUCGCCCCUACCUGUGGUCGCCCCCCAGCGACCCCCUGGAGCUCGUGGUCACAGAGAUCUCUGUGACCACCCGCCGGUUACCCCCAGAACCACCUUCCUCUGUGACAGAGCCUUCUAGGAAUACCACCGUCCUUCCCAAGGGGACAGUUUCUCCAGCUGGCCUCGCCCACCAGUACUACACUAAGGGCAACGUGGUCCGGUUAUGCCUCGGGGCUGUGGUUCUGCUGCUCCUGGUGGGCCUUCUGGUAGAAGAUCGGCACAGCCGACAGAAACGCCGGCCUCUCCGGGUCAGAGCCGUCCACAGGCCGCUCCCACCCCUCCCGUAGACGCCGAAAUCCCCCGGGCAUCAGGACGGAGACCAGAUGGUCACAACCCUGCACGCCACCGUUAGAACCUCAGGCUUUGCCAUAAAUAAUAUUGCUUUCUGCUCCACACUACUGGAUCUGUGAUGCAAGGCUAUGAAACGAGUUCCAAAUGAACAUCCAAACGAAAGACUGUCUUUGAUGGGCCCACAGGCUGCACCACCAGAGGACCCGGGUGGACCAAGGGGAGCAUGUGGAGCUUUGAUUCAUGCCCGCUGGCUUUUGAGGAGUUGGUCUUAGAGGAACAGUCCUAUACACACGUUUGACAGACUGGAGACAGCACGGGAGAAAUGUGUGAGCUGAGCUUCGGAGUGCAGACUUCUAAGCUUUGUGUGUGAAGGCCAUGCCCUAAAUUUUUGAUGGAAAGGCAAACAUUUAACCACAUAAUUUGAAUGUUUUGAAAUGUUGUAUAUCCUGUAUUUAUGUAUUUGGGAAAACAUGGAUUUGUGGUGAGCUGUCAAAAAUAUUUUUACAUAUGUUGAUUAAAAGGAUAUUUUCCAGUUCUAUCUAUGCUAACAUCAGAUACAUUGAUACUUGAAAUAUGUGUUUCACAGUGUUCAAUAAAAGUGACAAUAUGAAAAUGCGACAGAUUAUUAAUUUACAUAAUGCCAAACCCACGCGUUAGGCCAUCUGGAGCCUGGGGCUGGGGCAUGUGGGAAGGGAAGGGGGUGCACAGACUCCCUGGGGUCUGGAGGAAGGAGAGGCAACUGUCUGCAACUUCAACAUUUCUCCAGGAAUAACUGCUCAUUUGUUCUGUAUUGAACAGUGAAAGGUGAGGGAAGAGUUAUACUAAUCUUGUUCAAAUUUAGUAGGAAUAUUACUUUUUAGCUAUCUAAUAAACAAAUUUGAUUUUGUUUAGCUUCAUAAA